ACACUUACAACAACUCCUUUUCCUCUAUAAAUUCCUACAACAACUCAACAGACACAUAUUCUCCUUCUUUUCUUUAUUUUUUAACUUUCUUGUUGCCUUCUCUAAAAUAAUACAAAUAUGAACAAAAUUGCAGCCUUGUUCUUCAUGACCCUUUUCCUCUCCUGCAUGCUCACCCACUCUUCACGCCCUGAACCAUCUUUUCAAAAGGAAUCUAUGGUAGCAACACAGAAACUGGAUGUUGAUGCAGUUGAUAAAAUUUGUGAAGAAAUAGAAGAGGAGGAAUGCUUGAUGAGGAGGACACUUGUUGCUCAUACCGACUAUAUUUAUACGCAGAAGCAUAACCCUUGAAACAAUCUUCACCCUCCUUGUUUUCAUCACUUAUAUAUUUCUAGUAUUUUUCGGUUUAUAAGGUUCUGGUUGCUGGUUUCAUUUGAACCAAUCUGCCAGAGGUUAUUUACUUACUUUUCUGCUAAUGUUAUAUAUACACACAUGAUAGCACAAUAGGAAAGUGUAAUAGAAAAACGAACAGACAGAGUGUUCUUCUGCACAAAGAGAGUGUCCGUCUAAACACUAGUAUGCUAUAAAAUAUUUAAUUAUGUUA